CUUGCUUCUGCUUCGAAUUUCUCGUUGUCAUCUUCGUUCGCGUUACGGUGUCGAAGGUUUUAUCGUUAAAACACUAUUAUUUUUGUUAUUAUAUAAAAUGUCGGCUAGAUAUGACCGUGCCAUUACUGUAUUUUCGCCGGAUGGCCAUCUCUUACAAGUAGAGUAUGCACAGGAAGCGGUUCGUAAAGGAUCCACUGCAGUUGGAGUUAGAGGUACCGAUGUAGUAGUCCUCGGCGUUGAAAAGAAAUCUGUUGCGAAACUGCAAGAAGAAAGGACUGUACGAAAGAUAUGCUUACUGGAUGAUCAUGUUGUCAUGGCUUUUGCUGGGCUGACUGCUGAUGCUCGCAUCCUAAUUAAUCGGGCUCAAAUUGAAUGCCAGUCUCACAAAUUAACUGUUGAAGAUCCUGUGACAUUAGAGUACAUCACGAGAUACAUUGCUGGCCUAAAACAAAAAUACACCCAGAGUAAUGGCCGUAGGCCUUUUGGAAUUUCUUGUCUGAUUGGUGGCUUUGAUUAUGAUGGGAAACCGCACUUGUUCCAAACAGAACCUUCUGGUAUUUACUAUGAGUGGAAGGCAAACGCAACAGGACGAUCUGCUAAGACUGUACGAGAGUUCUUAGAGAAGAACUACAAAAAUGAUGAGGUUGCUAAUGAGAAAGGAGCAGUGAAGCUUGCUAUCCGGGCUCUUUUGGAAGUUGUCCAGUCUGGCCAGAAGAACCUAGAGAUUGCUGUCAUGAAACGCGGACAACCUAUUCAGAUGCUGGACGCUGAUACAAUCAAUUCUUAUGUAUCCGUGAUUGAAAAAGAAAAAGAGGAGGAAGCCGAAAAGAAGAAACAGAAGAAGUAAUAUGAAAAACGCAUUUUCUUAUUAUAUUUUAUUGGUUUCUAAGUAAAUAUAUUUGAAAAUAA